AAGACGAACUCACAACAUGGAAAGUAACGUGAACACCGUCAGAAAGAGUAAAGAGGAGAAGAAAGUGUUAAGAAAACAGCUUAAAGCCAGUCACACUUUAUUAAAGCAUGAAGGCGUCUGCACAGCACUGCGGCCCACCAAGUAUCUGGUGGUGGCUAAUGGUGGACUGGGGAACGGUGUCAGUCGUGAGGCCCUCUCUGCAGCUUUGAAAGAGAAGGGAGAGCUGGAGAGCCUGGUUAUGCCUCCACACAAGCCCUAUGCUUUUGUCACAUACAGGUCUGAAGAUGAUGCUCGGAAAGCUCACGGCCUCCUGAACGGACAGAAGUUGCAAUGUGGGGAAAACAGUGUCACACUCUACCUCAGUUAUGUUGACUCAUACUCGUACUCAGUAAAGCAUCAGGAGGACGCAUCACUCUCCUUGCCAGAAGGAUUAGUGUUGGUGGAGGAUUUUGUGUCUCCGGAGGAGGAGACUCAGCUGCUCGCCGCCAUCGACUGGACGUCCACCGAUGAAGAUGUCACAGCUCAAAAAGCACUGAAGCACAGAAGAGUCAAACAUUACGGGUUUGAGUUUCGCUACGACAACAACAACGUGGACAAAGACAAACCGUUACCUGCAGGUCUUCCUGAGGAGUGUUUGCCUGUGUUGGAGCGAUGUUUGAGGGACAGACACAUUAACGUCAUGCCGGAUCAGCUGACUGUUAACCAGUAUGAGUUGGGUCAGGGUAUCCCCCCUCAUGUUGACACUCACUCUGCCUUUGAGGACACCAUCCUGUCCUUGAGUCUGGGGUCAAAGACAGUGAUGGAGUUCYGUCACCCGGACGGGCGUGUCGUCGCUGUGACGUUGCCAGGCCGGAGCCUGCUGGUGAUGAAGGGAGAGAGCAGAUACCUCUGGACACACGGGAUUACGCCUCGAAAGUUUGACUUGGUGCCAGCAUGCGAGCCACAGUCUCACACUUCAGCUGACGUCGGAGCCCAGAGAGGUCUCACUUUGAGUAAGAGGGGCACCCGCAUUUCUUUCACUUUCCGCAAGAUCCGACAUGAACCGUGCCGCUGUGCCUUCCGCUCUGCCUGCGACAGUCAGCGAACAGCCUCGCCCUCGCCACCGGCUGCCCCGUCCCUUCCCAGUUGCCCCGCCGACGCGGCCCGCUUGGAGGAGGAGUACGUGCACCGGGUGUAUGACGCCAUCGCCCCCCACUUCAGCAGCACUCGCCACACUCCCUGGCCUCGCGUUUGCCACUUCCUGACCUCGCUCGCACCUGGCAGCACGCUAGCCGACGUGGGCUGCGGAAAUGGGAAGUACCUGGGCGUGAACUCCCAGCUGGUCGCAGUGGGAUGUGAUCGCAGCAGCACUCUUGUCCAGAUCUGUGCAGAGAGGGGUUUCCAUGCGUUUGUAUCAGAUGCUCUCAAUGUCCCCCUUCGAACUGCCUCUUGUGAUGCCUGCAUCUCCAUCGCUGUCAUACACCAUUUCUCCACACAGGAACGACGGCUGGCAGCAGUGAGAGAGCUGGUGAGACUUGUGAAGAGUGGAGGUCAGGUGCUCAUCUACGUUUGGGCUUUUGAACAAGAGUACAACAAGCAGAAGUCCAAAUACCUCAAAGGCCACUACAAGGGUCAUGACGGAGACCACGCCCUCACCAAGAACCCCUCAGAGGAGAACCUGGAACCUUGUGAAGCACUAGGUGUCGACACCCAGAGCUGCAACAUGACUGAAAACUUGCAAGAUGUCAGCAGAGUCCCCGAAAGCAAGCUCAGUGUUCAUACCAACCGCACAGCCUUCAAUUCGCAGGAUCUUUUGGUUCCCUGGCAUCUGAAAGGAGGGAAGCCACGAGAAGAAGAAUCCUCCUUUGGAGCAAGCUCCACCCCUGAACCCCAUCCAGGUUUUGACUCGAGCGUCUCUAGGUCAAGGCCAAACAGCAGGAAAACCAAACACGGCUCAGGCUCUAAACAAAAUGGUGACGCUGGUCAGACUUCUGGCUGUAGCUCUUCUCCCGUGUUUCAUCGCUACUAUCAUGUCUUCGAGCAGGGAGAGCUGGAGCAGCUGUGUGUGCAGGUCGACAAAGUCAAAGUGAAGACCAGCUAUCACGACCAGGGAAACUGGUGUGUUAUAUUAGAGAAGGAGUGACAAUUUGAAUUACUUUGCUGCUAAAAUGACUUAAAAAAUAGACUUUGGUAAUUAAACAUUUAAUGGAAAAAAAUUGUAAUAAAUUUGAGAAUUUUAACGAGUGUCUUACAUUUAUGACUUUGUAAAGGCCCUGUAAGUCAUUAACUUUUUUGUGAAUAUUAAAUAUACCCUUUUAAAUCCA